AUGACAGAAAUACCUUUGCAAUUUUCUAUUAUCGAUUUAAAUCCAACAAUGUUGAAAAAAAGAAAAUCAUUAAAAUCAAAUAAUUUAUUCAAUAAUUAUCAACGAAACCGUCCAAAAACAUGCAAAGGCACAUUGCCAAUCAUUACAGUACCUUCAUUUUCUAAUUUCACAGAAAAAUUACUUCAUAUGGCAACGAAUAAAAAAUCAACAACACCAUUCAAUACAUCAAAUGAAUCUUCUACAACACAAAUAAAAUCACGUACAUUUAAUUAUAAUCGUUCAAAUGUUACAAUUAAAUCAAAACCUUCAAUUACAUAUCCAACAACAACUAUACGUCCAACAACAUCUUAUCGUUCUAAUUAUCAAUCACAACAAAAUACUCAAUUUUUAUAUGUUGUUAAUACACCAACAUCAACAACUCAUCAACCAAUUUCACCUCAUAUAGCCAAUACUUAUUUCAAUCCUUCACCACCACCACAACAACAACAACAUCAAAAUUCUCAACGUCCACAAUAUCAAUAUGGACAUUUUCUUGCUCAUCUUCGUAGACAAUCAUUAGCACGUACACGUCGUAAACAAGAACAAGGUAUUACAGAUCAUAUUGAAACAGCAAUAACAUUUAAUUCAAAUAAAAAUCAAACAUUUCAAUCACCAUCAAAUUAUUCACUUGUUUCAUUAACAUCAGAUUCAUCAUCAACACCAACAAUAUCUAUAACAGCAAAACGUGCUAUACGACCAUUAUCAAAUUAUCGUCAAUUUCAACGUUCAAUAAAAAAUUUUCGUUUAAAUUCAUUUCAACAAUCUCAAUCAUCAUUAACAUCAAAAGAAUUAAUUGAUAAUCAAUUAUUAUCAUUACAAUCAUCAUCAUUAUUAAUAACACCUAGAAAUUCUGUUGUAGAUGAUACAGGUACAUCUACAAUAGUAAAACCUUCAUAUGAUCUUCAUAUUAAUGAUGAUAUGCUUAAUUAUUGUUAUGUUAGUGGUGAUAGUGGUGUUAAAUAUCAAGGACAAAUGUUUCCGACAGCAUUUUAA